UGACACACAUACGCGCGAGUGCGAGUACAGUUGGAGCGUAACGGAUAUCUUUCCCAUCUUACGCGCAGUGUCCGGUGCUAGGAUACGUGCGCAUCCGGGACUGCCCUGUGUGUACUCUAGCGCAGCGCGACGUUGUAUUCUACUAAGCUGCGCGGUCCUGCAGCAUAGUCGGUUGGCCGGCAGCAUACCUGUACGGUUCGCUGAGCACCACCACGUGCAUUCUAUAUACUCUUUUCGCAGAUGGGCACUCGCACAGCGCGUCUCAUUCUAGCUGGGCCGUUCCAUUUCCGCUCGGACCAGACAGACGUUAAGAACAGCCGAUCCGGUGGGUCGAUCAGUCGAGAAAGGAGCCGCGCGCACCGAUCGCCAAGGUCCCUGGCGGACGCGCAUCGUGUGUUUGGAGAGCGGGAGAAAGCUCCGGCAAAGAAAGCCACGGGUGGAAGCUCCGGUCAGUGCGUGCCGCGUUUAGCAACGCCUCGGCAGCGAAGCGUGCUCCUUCCGUGGAGGAUCCCGUCACGCCGGGCGGCCGAUCAAGGACCGUGUGCGGCUGGCGGCGGCGAGCGCCGUUCUGCCCUCUGGCGUGACGGCCGACGCAUUCCGCGGGAGCCGUUGACCCGUCGACCGAGGGCCUGCCUCGGCUGCUUGCUGCACGGGCAGCAGCAGCAGCGGCGACGGCUGGCUGGCUGACCGGUGUAUGCCCGUGCAGGAUUCCGGCCUUGAGCCCUGGGCCAUGGCCGGGACGUCCCGGGCGGCGCCGUGAUGUCGAGCUCGGCGAGCCUCGAGGCGUCCGCCACGCCGCCAACGCUCAAGAUGUCCAGCCGGCAGCUGCUCAACGUCAGCUCGCUCAGCAAGCACUCGGCGGCCGCGGGCGGCGGGGGUACGCCGCUGCUCGUGGCCGAUGCGCGCAGGCGCCUGCAACUGGCGUCCGCGUCCCGGCUCGCAGUCCACCAACUACUGGGCUCGCUGGCGCUGCUGUGCCUCCUGUCGCUGCUCAUGGCGUUCCUCGCGCUCUUCUUCUUACAACGCGUGGCCAGCGCGGGCCCCCAGAACUCCGACAGCCCGGAGGAACACCUGGCCCUCUACCAGGUGGCCGUUGCCAUGAGCACGCUCACCAUAUCACUCAACCUGUGCUGCCUGUUCGUCUGCUGCAUCCAGUUCCUGCUCGGCGUCAAGCUGCUCCGGACGCCGAAUGGACUCGACAGGACAAACAUGUUCAUCAAGAGGAGCUCACAUACCCGUGUGCUGGCUAUUGCCGGCUUUUUCUUGUCAAUACCAGUCUUUUUCACAGGAGUAAUCCUCUUCACAUUCAUCCACUUCCACGAGCUGCCAGCCAUCGUAACCAGUGUUGUGAUUGGACUGGGCAUUGUCUUCUGUGGUGUGGCCUCCGUCCACAACGUCUACCUCUGGCAGUGGGAGAAGACCUGUGCCACUCGCGAACUCGUUGAGAGCCGAGCACUUGGUGUGCAGCCGGACUUGACCCACACCCUUGAGCUCUCAACACUGGUGUGACUGUGUGUGUGAUGACACAAGCUACAAGUGACUGACUGCCGCAAGAAAUGGAGGCCAUUCAGGAAUGGGGAACCAUCACAAGCAGUGCCCCUGGCUCACAAUGAUUUGUGCAGUGUCAUAGGGCUUUGCUAGCACAUGGUAAGAGAAGCUAGUCAGCAUGGGGCCUCUCCUAUGUAUGGAAAGCUCAUUCUACACCUCGUACAACUUCUGCUAAUCUGCUGGACCCUAUCAUGAUAAAAGAUUGAAAGUUGCCUGCAAAAUUUUAGUCAAGUUUAAUUCAUAAUCUUUAACUAUAGACACUUGCGCAGUGCAGCAUUGUUUCCAGGUUUUGAGUCUCUCUGAUCACUUUACACUGAGUCACAGUGUUUUUCCUUUCAUAAGUCCAGUUUCCUUAAUAUGCCUAAAGUACUUGGAGCAGCAGGGCCAUCAGCCUAGCACUGCUUAAAUGAAAGUGUACAUUGCUGCCCCCACAAGGCACAUCAAUUCAUCCAAGCCCUACAAUCAAAACUAUGGUGUAGUCAUGAGCAAUUUCUGCAUCAGGCAUGUAGACUGAGGAAAACAGGAGGGCUUAAUACAUACUUUUGUUUCUUUCCCUUGUUUAGCACCUAACUUCAACUUAAGCUCAACUUUAACGAAGUUUCACAUGUAAAUUAUGAUGUACCGUGCCAUGACUCCGUGCCAUGGCAAGUUUCAUGAACUGUAACUGUGAGAGAGAGGCACAUCAUGGCUUGCUUUUCUUACUCUUCUAGCAGCCUUCUAGGCCAGCAUUCUCAACCACAGAAAAGCUUGCAGUGAUGGGAAGUUGAAACAGGGUGAAUGAAGUGAUCUGCAGGAUUUACAGUACUUAUUCUGAUAGGACAAGACACGGUGUAAAGAGUUAGCAUGCUGAACAGCAGUUAGUUUAGGAAGUGGGCAGUACAAUUAGCUAUGGGCAAUUAAAAGAGGAUUAAUUAUAUCCUCCACUAAUGCUUACGUAAAAGGACGAGAUGUGUUGACACAUCAACGUGAAACCUCCAUGUACUUAGAUUUAUGUGCAAGUUAAAAAAACUCUAGGUGGUCAGAUUUAUUCCAGAACCUGGGUGUUGAGACAAGAGAAUGCCACCAGCUGUUGUUAUUCUGUUGAAACAGGGUGAAUGAAAUGCUCCGCCUGAAGAAAGUUCUUAUACUGAAUUUAAAGUGUUGGUUUUCACUUGUUGAACAGCAUGUCCAAAAUGUAGGAUGCAAGAUCUCUUUGGGACCAGAAGAAAAUAAGCGGCUGUAACCUUUUAACUCUCAGACUAUUUUGGUUGCUGCAAAAUGCUCUUUAACUGUAAGUAAGCAAGAAGCAGCAACUCAUCAGAAAAUAGAAAUUAUGACAUCACAUAUGCACAGUGUUUCCAUUUGUAAAUUUUAAAAACUUAUCAGCUUUUAUUUUCAUUGUUGUACACAAUGUUACGAUUGGUACACUGCAGGUUUACAGUGAAUCAGUGCAACCUUACAUGUUGCAGUUCAGCUAAACUUUUCUAACUCAGAGGUUUACCAGCAACAAAGUCACCAGCUACUAGAGAUCAUUCAUUCAUCAAAAAUUGCAAACUACUCAUCAAGUGAUAUGAUGCACCAUGCCAUUACUGGCUGAUCUUCAAGCGUAGAAACUAUGUUUGCAAUGUAUAUCAUUCAGCUAAGUGAGCUAUUAAUGGAUGAUUUAGAAAGAACAUUUGUACAAUAGAAAUUGUUCUUGCUAUGUGCCAUCUAGACCAAGCAGGCUUCAUUCAGUAGCUCAGUGUAAAAUGCAGAAACCAGCAUAAGUGCCGAGAAUGACUACGAUGCUCCAAACAGAUGAAUAGAGCAACCUUUUGCUGUCAUGGCAACCUCUAUACAUACAUGUUUUCUCUUGUUCAAGACAGUGGUAGCACGAAAGCACAAAACCAUGUUGUGCCUUAUAAUUAUAACACUCUGCAAAAGAAAAGGAAAGAAUUGCUACCAUUUCACAUUAGAGCAUGAAUGCCAAGUUAUGCAGAGAUAAGCGAACCACUUAUAAAUGACCGUUCCAGUUAAACAGUUCAUUCAGUUCUGCCCAAAUUUGGCUUAAAAGUAGCAUUGUGCAGUGCGUUUUGUUUAAUACCAGGUUUGCCCACAGUAACUAGGCUGUUUUCUCCAGUACGAAUAGAAAGCACUGUAUGCAGCGAUGCUGGGCAUAAAAAACUGAUUUACCCACGGUAAAGGGAACGGAGGCAUUUACUGUUCCUAAACCUAACACUGCAAGUGGAUGAUGUACAUUUCCGGUUCAUUAAUGUGAAAUGGAAAUUUAAUGCAUCCAAACUUGGCAAUAAUUAAACAAAAUCCACUAGAAAGACAUCACCUUUACGUGCAAUUAUAGAAAGCAGACAAGUGACCGGUUUAGACACAAGAACCAUUUAUUUCAGGCUCUGCUAUUUUUACACGUGAAAGGUGGAAGCAAGCAUUUGUGUUGGUAGAAACAUGCAUGUUCUGCAUUGGAUGGGCAUUUCUUCCUGCAUCACAAUACACGAACCUAAUUUGAUGUAAAGUUCAUUUAAUUAGAGUAGACCACCUAGUGAAAAGGUCGAGUACAGUGGAGAGCAGAACACUGGGACCUGGUAAACACGUAUGCAUGAAGAUGCAUAUGAGUUGCACAAUACUCAUUUAUGUGAACAUUUUUCUGGAAAGUCCGUGCCCUCCUUGUUGAAUGAAAGUAUGAACACAUGGCACUUUAGCCUGCAGUAGAGGCCAGUUUCAUGUGACAUUUGCUGCACUGAAUGCACUCAUGGAUUAUCAGCUUGAUCUAAAGUACCGUGCUUGAGACCAUGCUUGCCUUAUGGUUGUUGUACCCCUGUUGUAAAUGACAACCAUUGUGUGUCCUUUGAGGAGGCCUCUCUGUUGCCAUGUCAAGUGUGCUGUGUUAUAGCUAGCGCUGUUAUACAACUGUAGUCAAGCCACACUCAUGCUCUGUAUAGAAGCGACAUUCGCUUGCAAAGUAUUUUAUUUUGAUGUAUGAACACAGUUCAGCGGAGUGAAAAGAAAAAUGAAAUGACUGUUUUGUUACAAUAUAAACACACAUGGAAGAUAGAGCUGCGCAUGCACACAACAUUUUCUUUUUUUUUUUUUUUUUGGUGCUGCACACAUUUGUUGCCAAGUACAAAACUUUGCACCGACCACAGUGAUGAUGGUCAUGGGACCAAUUGCUUGUACAUAGAAAAUGAAUAUAAUGUUUCAUGCACAUUUCCGUUGCCUUGAUCUUUUCAAUCUCAACUGGCUUCAACAAGACAAGGGGCAUAAGGUUUAGAAAAAAAAGUUUUU